AUGGGAAGUCUGGCUUUUGCAUUUAUCUUAUUUCUCUGUGGCCGAUGUCUUUACAAAGUGUCAAACCCAAAUGGCAGCAUUCUUAUCAAUAUUUGUCGUAUUACCAAAGAUGCAAUUCGUAGUAAAAAUGAAAAGAAAAGACGUGCAAGUCUCACAUCUUACUGCCAAACUGAAAAUUCUGUCAGUGUUCAAUAUCAGCCAAGUUUUUUAGAUUGGGCAAAAAUACGCCAUGGAGGCCAUUUUCACGAUUCCCUUGUUGAUGACAUAAAGGCAUUGGGGAAGGUUAUUGUUUUUUUCUUUUUUUUUGUGCCAUACUGGAUGGUGUAUUUCCAGAUUGAAACAACAUUCCUGUUACAAGGUUUGCAUAUGAAGUUGGACCCAAGAACUGUUGACAAUUUUACUUCAGAAGCCAAUCCAUACAACUGUACAAAAAUUGCUACAAUGAAAUCACCCACGUUAAGUGUAACAUGGCUGUCUUUAUUCAACGUGGUGAUAAUAGUCAUUUUUAUUCCUUUGAUGGAAAAAGUGAUUUUGCCCUGGCUAGACAAGAAUGGGCGACCAAUUUCUCUCCAGCAACGAAUCAUUAUUGGCAUGGUGUUUGCUGCUUUUGCGAUGAUUGCAGCUGGACUUGUAGAAUUCCAACGUUUAAAGACCAUCUUCUAUUCCAAGAACAAUAAUUGUCAAUGUGAAAUGGUAAAACAGAUACUUAAUCGUAACAACACUUAUUAUGCAGCUAACCUGACGAUAUUCUAUCAAAUUCCACAAUAUAUGCUGCUUGGACUAAGUGAGGUUUUUACAAUAGUUGCAGGUUUAGAAUUUGCAUAUUCAAUGGCACCAAAAUCAAUGAAAGGCAUCAUCAUGGGACUGUUUCAAUUUUUCACCGGUGUCGGCAGCUUCCUCGGCUCUCCUCUCAUUGAGAUCUUCAAGAAAUAUUUCUCAUUGAAAGAUAUUAACAAAAUGGCCAAAGUUUUGAGUAUACCAAAAUCUAAUUUCAGUCUGUCCAGAGAUCAGUGUUCAAGCCUAGCUCUUAGUAAAUUUUGCCUUUUUGCUUUCUCUCCUAAUCCCUGUCCUGCCAACAAUUUACACAAGCUCGUUCUUCCAUGUGCUGUGUUCCUUCAUGAUGUAGGUGAUCAUGGCUCUCCACAACUUCCUGUCCUUUUAGCUCUUAGUAAAUUUUGCCCUUUUGCUUUCUCUCCUAAUCCCUGUCCUGCCAACAAUUUACACAAGCUCAUUCUUCCAUGUGCUGUGUUCCUUCAUGAUGUAGGUGAUCAUGGCUCUCCACAACUUCCUGUCCUUUGUAGCUCUUAG